AAUUAGAAGAGGUCAUAAUUUUUAGGAAUAAAUUGCAAAGAUAUGAAGUUUGAGGAUUAAAUUAUGCAGAAUCCAAAAGUAAGGGGUCGGGACUGUAAUUUUACCGUUAACAAAAUUUGCAGAGAAGGACAAAAACCCGACACGGACUCUUCAGGACGAAUGCAGGAAAAGUGUCGGCACCUUGUUGAGGGUGUUGACACCUUGCAGCUCGUGCUGCAUUUCUUUCAACUCAUGCUCGUCCUCUGCACCUCGUGUUCAAGUUCUGCACUUCAUGCUCGGCCUCUGCAGCUCGUGGCUGACCUUGGCACUCUGCAGUUCGUGGUUGAGCUAUGUAGCUCGUGCUUCAGCAUCUUGAACCUCGGACUUCUGCAUUUCGCAGCUCGUGAUUCAGCAAUUAUCAUUUCAGACUUCUACAGUUCGCAGCUUGUACACGAGCAAGAUGCUUGCAGCUCGUGCUCCAGCAUUUCGCAGCUCGUGCUUAAGCAAGAUGCUUGCAACUUCUCAUUGUCGAGCUUGAGUAAUGGAGCCCAGCCAUAGUCAGCCUAGCCAUAGCUGCUUAGUCUUCUUCUGUCAUUGGAACCACAGGCUCUUGUUUCCUAGUAGCUGAUUGGAUUCUUACUUAAGUGACUUUAGACUACGAAAGAAAGGAUGACAAUAUUG